GGAACUACUGACCCACAUAUAUAUAUAUAUAUGGAGGGAACAUGGUCUUGGCCAAGACAGAAUAACUUCUACAUCACCAGCGCAAUGAAGAUAAUCGGGGUCCUGUGGCUGUCGCUGCUGCUGCUGGCGGCGGCCGGCGCGUCUCUCGGCGGGUCCUCAUCCUCCUACUCCUCCGAGAACCACGACGUCGAUGUCCUGGACUACCAGGACUUGCUGGACAAGGCGGAGCGCGCGCCCAGGAUCUCGCCCCGCCGGGCCGAGACGACCGCCGCCCCUCGACGGAAGCAGCAGAAGCGCUCCCCGGAGGACCUGAAGCAGUUCCUGGACCGCGGCUGGCUGGCGCUGGAGGCUCCAGCCCCCGUCGCCUGGACGGACGGCCGCGACGCGCCGACGAACGAGGACAAGCGCUGGAGGCGGGAGAAGACGCGACGUCUGCGGGCGUCGGGCAAGAAGGCGAGGACGACGACGACGACGACGGAGGCGGCGCCGCCGCGGCCAGAGGCGGAGGCGACGGCGCGGGUCGUCCGCGAGCUGGUGCUCCCCUGCCCGCUGUUCGUGCCGCAGCUGGUGUUCCCGCAGCCGCACCCCUUGCUGCAGCGGCGGUGGUACCUGCUGUGAGGGGGCCCCCCGUUCGCGGCGCUGCACUCGUCUGCGCGCGUCUCCUCCCGUCGCCUCUCGAGCGCAAGGCCGCGGACAUUGAACUGGCGCGCACUCGUAUCGUCGUGCGCACGCGGCGGCCGUGAUGCGAACAUAAAGGCAUAAUUACACUGAAAGGUUUGUUUGCCUCAACAGAAUAUUUGUUUGUAUAUAUGGUGAAAUAUAAAUAUAUUUUGUUAAUUGAAACAAAUAUUUUGUAGUAGGAAAGAUUCUGUUCAACCAACAAAAUGAUUUUGUCAGCUCAAAUGUACAUUUGGUUAGGUGUAACAAAUAAUUUUUGUUACUUACCGAGUUUGGUUAAGCUAACAAAAUAUUUUGUUUCACCAAGUAAAUAUUUGUUUCGCCAUAUAUAAUCGAAUAUUUGUUUGAUUCAAACAAAACUUUUUCUCUGUGUGGAGACCGGAAAAAUUCGCGGAUUCAUUUCUCGGUAGGCUAGAUUCCAAACUCGUUUCACCUUCAUUAAGAGUCAGUGAUUGGCCCACCGUUUACCUGAAGGACUCUAAGCCAGUGAAAAACCUUCAACAAAAGAAGUAUAAAAUCACAAGCAUCCUAGGUAACACGUGUUACCGAGUCAUUAUCCAAUGAGCAGGUGCAAUUUGUUCUAGUUCAUAGAGGAUCGUGAAGUCUAUCCUAGAGGUCAUUGACCCCGCGAAUUUUUCCAGUCUCUAGGUAUAAUUAUAGACCGGAAAAAUUCGCGGAUUCACUGACCUCUAGGAUAGACUCCACAGUCCUGUAAAUCCUCGGUAAAAUGACACCUGUUCAAUGGCUGCUGACUCAUAGACUGUCUCAACUAGGUUGACACUUCCUUGGUUUGGAGUUUCCCAUUCAUUGUCUACCAGUUCCCCAGAUAAAAUGUGGGCAAGUCACAGAAGCGGUGCGAAGGUAUACUUGUUUGGAUGUUAGCCUGCCUAGAAAUGAAUCCGCGAAUUUUUUCGGUCUCGAGGUAUAAUGCAAGUCCCUCAAGUUCUUUAAAGAAUCUCCACCGAGUUUUUAAUGAAAAUUAUAAAAUAACAAUUUAAAAACGGAAUAUGUGAACAGAACUACUCACCUUACAGUUUGAAGGAGAUACAGAUUUAUGUAAGCACGAGGGUGGUAUCAACUAAAAUAUAAAUUACUAUGCCAGCCCAAUAGUUUCGGGGGACAAACGAAGAGAGCAAACUAUUUUGGUUUGGUCGUGAUCGUGCAUCCCUAGUGUCCAAAAACUAUAAUUUCAGUCUACUAUGGUAGAACAAAAACAUCGUUUUAUACUCAGAAUUUUCCCCAUUUUAUUCCUCUCAGCUCCUAUAUGAUUAAUAAGCUGCGUUUGUAAAGUAAAACAAUCUCAAAAAAAUUAUAGUCAUUCCUCUGGAGCACGACUUAAAUUAAUAUUGCUUUAAAGAGAAUCAUGAAAAGAUUUGGUAAAAUAAUGGGUGUGAAUGGGACUUACUUUUUUGUACUAUUUUUAAAUUGAAUUUGAACCUUAGCUUAAGUGUAGUUUAGAAACCUUACAGCAUUCUGGAAUCCAAUGCUAUAAGAAGCAUGUUAACUAGUUAUAGUGAAUUUUGUAAUUUUUUAAUGUAUUGUAUAAAAAUAAAGAUUUUAUAUUAAA